UCAUGUGACAGAUGUUUUCGUUGUAUCGUUUCCGCGUUUAGCGAGUGUUUUCGCCGCGUCAUGUGGCUGUCAGUAACCCAAACCUCCAGCAGGGUCAGGGGUUGAAAGCCUCACACCGACUCCUCCAAACAAAUCUUUACCGGAGGUCCGAGGAGUCUCCCAGCCGCCGCAGAUACACUUCCCGCGGGGCGUUGUUGGAAGAAAGGCUUGGGUCCGGAGGGAGCGAUGGCAGACGGGGAACGGUCACCGCUGCUGCCCGAUCAGCACGACGGGACCAACGGCUUCUCUCCCGGUACAAGCUCGCACGGAUAUCUGCCGAAACCUCAGAGUUUUGCUCCGUUCCCCAGCUCUGUGGCACCAGGCGAGCCUCCACCCCCGUACUCCCCACAAGGCAGCCCAGACAGUAGCAGUGCUCCGGUCAUCAGCUGCCGGGUUUGUCAGACCUCCAUAUCUGUGGAAGGCAAGACGCACCAGCAUGUGGUGAAGUGCAACAUCUGCAAUGAAGCUACGCCCAUUAAGAAUGCUCCUGUUGGAAAGAAGUAUGUCCGCUGUCCUUGCAACUGUCUGCUGAUCUGCAAAGUGACGUCGCAAAAGAUCGCCUGUCCAAGACCGUACUGUAAACGCAUCAUCAACCUAGGUCCAGUCCACAUUGGAGGGGACAGUCCUGAACCGCGGCGUCAGCCUGUUGGCAUCAGAGUCAUCUGUGGACACUGCUCCAACACAUUCCUGUGGACGGAGUUUUCAGCCCGCACUUUAGCUCGAUGUCCCCACUGCCGAAAAGUCUCUUCUAUUGGUUGGCGGUACCCCAGAAGAAGGAGCCUGCUAUGCUUCCUGCUGUUUUUAAUCCUCGCCGUCUCCACUGCAGGACUUUUGGUCGGCACCUGGAACCCCGCCAAGAGCUCAAAAGGGAUCUACGUGUCAUGGGUGCUCCUGCUCCUGCUCACUUUGUUCACCAUGGCCAGAACAAUCUACUGGAAGUGUCUAAAAAUUAGCGAACCCUUAUCCAAUGUCACAUAGAGGGAGAAAGAGGGUGAGGAAGGUGAGGAGGCUGGUGUAUGAGGAGGAGACAUUUAAAAUAAGAAAGUAAAGCGUUAGAUCUCAAGUGAGGAAAACGGUGAGUCCUGACAUCAAUGAGGGAAGAAAAGAUGGGGGAACAGAAGAUAUAAAGAAGGAAGGUUAAAGAAGAAAAUGUUUUUUAACAUGUCAAAAACAUCAAGUUCCUACCAAAUUGGGUUAGAAAAUAUAAACAUACACAGAGGCAAAAUUCACAUUUUCUGAUUGUGACUGUGAUUUUUGAGAGAACCGUACAUUUUAAGCAACAGUAGAUAAGGACACUCCUAGAGUGCUGUACUCCACCAAGGGCAAUACUUUAUCUUGGAGUUUAAAAAUAAAAGUAAUGUAAAGUUUUACAGGUUCCUUCUUUUGCCAAUCCUCUACUGCUCUGCCAACAGCAAUGAAGAUCUCGGUUAAAAAAAAAAAAGACUUCUAGAACAUCUAGGCGUUAAUUCAAACAUGAAGCUGAACUUUUGCGCAGAUUACCAUGUUUUCCACUGAAGAGGUCCUUCAGUGUUUGCCAAGACCAUAAGCAUGAUUAUGGAAAUCAAAAAUGUAUUCACUUUGUUAUUCCUGACUAAAAUGUCUCAAGUAAAUGAAACCCCAAAUAACCGAUCUGGUUAAAGAGAAUAUUCUAUUUGUCUAAAAUGCUUGUGGAUAGUAGCCAAAAAGAUCCUCUAUGCAAGAGAAAAAAAAACCUAAAAUACAAUGUGGACUGAAGGGGGUGUUUUAAUUAUAAGAAUAGUAGUAAUCAGACUGGGUAGAUCAGGCAGAAUAAUUUAGUAAUUAACUUUUUUUGCCAGCAACCAGAGGAGCAAACGUUCCCAAAUUUGCUUUUAAAUUGAUCCAAAAUGGAGCAGAACCAGUAGACGCUUCUCUUAUUAAAGGACUAGUGUGAUAUUUUAAGUGAGACUGUGCACUUUGAAAAUUGGGCAAGAAGACUGAUAUUGCUCAUGUCUGUGUGAUAAAUAAGAAUUUCAAGAAUUUACAAUGAGCAUAUCUUACUUUACCGUAGCAUAGCUUUGCGUAAAUGUAAAUGAAAAGCUAAAAAAGAUUAAAUUAAAAGUUGAUGUUGUGCAGGGUAUUAAGUGUAGGAUUAUUUGUUUACUAUCGUUUUUUGGUAGCCUUGCAUAUAGCCGAGCUAACUGUUUGCGUUUGUUUCCCGUCUUUAUGCUAAGCUAGCCAAGCUAUUUUUUUUCUUUAUUUGAAGCACUGACAGGAGACUGGCAUCGAUCAACAGCAAAUUAUCCUGUUUAAGGCCUCAGUCACACAGGAUGGCACACCAGUUGGCAGCCACCUGGCAAUGACUGGCCCAAAAGGAGUUGGCAAGUGGUUGCUGGAGGUUGCUUAGUGAAAUUUAUGCUGUGUUAUCUACUCCACUAGUGUUAGUGGAACUUGCAAAAGUGCAACACACCUCCAGAAAGAGGCCUUGCACCGUCAAAAUAGAAGUUGUGGCAUUUGAAACAUAUUUGUUUCAGUGCUAAGCUUUUACUUUGAAGGGGAAAGGUCUCUGUUUGUGGGGUGUCAUACGUUCGCAUGGUUCACGAAUGCUUGUCAAGUAGUUUAUGAGAUUUUGCAGAAGUCAAUCUCUCCCAGGUAUACUAGAGGAAACUGCAGGGAUCUGUUAGUAGCCACAAGAAGAUUUUUGGUCCAGCAGCCUGUUUGCAACUGAUUUCACCCAGCACCUCCAGGACAGGAGGUUGCCGGGGGGGUGACAGACUGGUCUGUAGGCCUAUGUGACAGGGGCCUAAACAAAUUAAAGAUGAAGAAUUAUGCACAAUGAAUGAAAGUCUCAAAGCAAACAGUUUUUUUAUAAUGUUUCAAUGUUUAAUAACAAAUCCAUGACCAAACUAUGAGAAGUACUUAAAGGACCUUAAUUACAACAUAAAGGCAGAUGGCAUCCAAAGGAACCAUGUGGAUUAAUCAUUAAAUUUAAACUUUUAAAUGUGUUUGCUGAGGGACAAAUUAUGGUGUGAGUUAAAAUUGUAUGUAAAAAGUGCUUUUAAUGCAUACAAAUGAAAUGAUGGAACAAGCAAACCAGUAGAGACUGAUGAAUGAUAUGAAGAGGGAAGUUAAGUUGUAGCUAAUAAAGGGUUCACAUGAGGAAAUGAUUAUGGAGGGGCAUUAACAUGAGAUUAAAUAGCAUAUGUUUCCUUUUAUUUUUUUGUCAUGUUGUGUAGUAGCACAUCAGCAUUCUUAUCAGAUCUUAGACAGGGUGUUUGGGGCAUUUGAUGUGCUUUUUUUUUUCUGUAUUUGUUUUAACACCAGCUUUAUUUUGUAAUGAUUCAUGUCAGAGAAAAGUUUUUGUUUGAUGAAAGGAUGGCAUGUUUGAAUUUAGUGAAAAUAUCAAUGUGACAGAGCUUUGAUAUGUGUGUACUGUUCAUAUUCUUCAAAGUUGUCUUUGAAUCACAGGUUUAAAACACUUGAUCCACACGCAGGUUAUUUUAUUUAUUUAUCUGUUUUAUUUGAAUCAAACUACCUUCUCUGACAUUCUAGUUAGAACCUGUUAGAGUGUCCGUUUCUCCGUGGAAGUGCAAAUAUAUCCAGUGGAUGUUGAUUAUUUUAGACUGUACAGAAUUGUCAAAGCUGUCUCUUCCCCCUCAUGGCUGAUUAAUGUAAGUACCUGCUGACUGUGAAACAUGUUGCACUACAUUGUACAGAUGAGCAACUCCUGUAUCUUUGUGUCAAUGUUAUCCUGGUGGAUGGAGUUGUUUUGUUUUUGGGGUUUUUGGGUGGGGGGGAUGCAAAACUAAGUAAUACUUUUAACAACUUCCUCUGACUCCAAUGUGCCUCUUAUUUAUUUACAUAUAUCAGCUAUUAAUAAUAUGUGUCUCUCUUUGUCACAGAAAGUUAUCAGAGUAUUUAGGAUGCAUCGUAAUGUCUUAACCUGUCUUAACCUGUCUUAACCCGUAAUGUCUUAAAUACCCAUGAAACUUUUAUAGUUUAUGUUAGUUUCUUUUUAUGGGGGCAUAUGGCUUAUGAACCGAAUGCCACACCACAGCAUUUACAGUCGAAUCUGAUUUGCAUGACCAUUCCUGGUUUACAUUGUAUAUGUAUUUUGUGGUUUUCUAGUCAUACUGGCCACUCAGUCAAAUUUCAGAACUGCCUCAAUUCUUGAUGACGUAGAUUCAACAAGGUGCUAGAAACAAAAAUCUUUGGUCCACGUUGACAUGACAUCAUCACACAAUUGCUGCAGAUAUAUCAGACAUACAUCCACGAUGGGAAUCUCCCGAAGGUGCUCUGUUGGGUUGAGAUCUGGUGACCGGAGGAGAUUUGAGGUCCAUAAACUCACUGCCAUGCUCAAGAAACCACUUUGAGUUCCAACCAGCCAUCAGAAGAUGGAUACACUGUGGUCAUGAAGGCAUGGACAUGGUUAGCCAUCAAGGACGCUGGGGUGUUUAAACAAAGCUCACUGGUACCAAAUUCUGACCCUACUAUUAUCUGUGUCCAGGUUUGGUGAGCUCCUGUGAAUAGAAGUAGUAGCAUCAGUUUCCUGCUCUUCAUGUUCUCGCUCACAGAAGCGACACCUGGUGUGGUCUUCUGCUGCUCUAGUCCACCUGCUUUACGUUUUGCCUGAAGAGAUGCUAUUCUGCAUACUUUACUUGUAAUGAGUACUUAUUUGAGUUUCUUUUGCCUUCCAGUUGACUCAAUCUGGCGAUGUUCCUCAGCAAUUUUAGACCACUUUGUGUUUAGAGUAACUUCAUUCACCUUUCUUCCCUGUUCUGAUGCUUGACUUGAACUUAAGAAGAUUAUCAUAUCAUUAUGUGAUUGGAUAAUGAGACAGUUAAAUUAUACAGGAGCAGAUUAAUGGCCAGAAUAAAAUAUUUGAUGCUUCAGCUGAUUGUUAAUAUUGAUACACCAGUUUUCAUCAGUAUAAGAGAACAAAAAAGUCAAGCAUCAGCUGACAGUAGUCUAAAAACCCAGCAACAGUUUCAUGUCAGUAAUAAAUGUGUUAGUUUUAUUGAAGUAAUAAACUCUUGGACUUUGACAAAA